AUGAGCCUUUCCACUGCGAUCACGUUAGCCUUGCUGCUCAAGAAGUUUGCUCGUAAGGGCGGCUCCAUUUCCAAGCGUACUUUUCGGUCAGCAACAAAGAAAGAUAGUAGUGGUGAUACGAGGAGUGAUCAUACGUCAGCUGCAAGUUCAUAUACUUCACAAGAAAAGACAUCGCCGACCAAGGAUCUCGACCUGAUAAAGCCACCCUCGUUGAGAGAUUAUUCAGCUCCACCUUCUCCACCACCACAAUCAGAUGAUCCUAUCAAAGAUGAACCUGCUGUGCAGGAACCACCAUCCUCAUCGACCAAGUCAUCAAAUAGUGUUCGGACGAGUCAUUGUACAGAACAACAAGAAGCAGCCCCAUUUCCAGUCUUGAUACGAGAUUUUGCAUACCCCGAGUCUUCACCAUUGCAUUAUGGUCAGCCUGUGGAACGACGCACAUCAAUAGUAUCACUAUCCUCUUCUGAGUUCAACGGAUGUCAAGCACGAGCACUCUACGACUUUGUACCUGAGACUGAGUACGAAAUUGGCAUGAAGGCAGGUGAUGUCGUGUGGGUUCAAUAUCGGCAGUGCCCUGGUUGGCUGAUUGCUGAUGUCGAAGAUGACACGGGUCUCAUACCGGAAACGUAUGUUGAAUUCAUUUAA